AUGAGUAGAUUUAGUAAAGAACCAGGUGAACUUGUUUUAUUAAGAGCUUUAACGAAACACUCUCAACAACAAGGAACAUUAUUUUUUACAAAUAUUAGAUUGGUAUGGGUACAACAUGGAUACAGCGAACCAAGUUUACAUUUAAAAAUUUCAGAAAUUAAGAGUCAGUUUAUUAGUACAAUCAAAAGUGCAAAAGCAUUAUUACGUUUAUCCGUUCGUGAUAGUAUAAAGAAUGCUCUUCAAGAUUUUGUAUUCGAAUUUAUACAUCCAACCAAUGCAAGAACAGAUUUAAAUAGUUUUCCAACGGCAUCUGGCCAAUCUUCAAAUUCAACAUCACCCAAUUCAACAUCACCAACUGGAGCAUCACCAAAAUUAGAAGGCAAAUCAGGUACAGCAACAGGAAAAGAUGAAGAUCCAAAUAGUGACAAACCUGAAUACCAAUAUUUAUCACAAUUAAAAAAUCCAUCCAUUUCAGAACAACAAAUUAAACAAAGAGUACAAUUAUUGAUGAGCAAUAAAGAAUUAAAGCAGCUCUAUGAACAGUUGGUAGUGCAAGAUAAAGUAAUUACAGAAUCUGAUUUUUGGGAAUCACGUAAAACUCUAUUAAAAACCGACUCCACACGUUCAGAGCGUCAAAAUACAGGUAUGCCAAGUAAUUUUAUUGCUGAUGUUAGACCAUCCACUGAGACUGCAAAUACAAUUAAAUAUAAAUUCACUCCAACUGUAAUUCAUCAAAUUUUCAUUCAACAUCCAUCAGUAGAGAAAGCAUAUAAAGAAAAUGUACCAUUAAAAAUAUCAGAGCAAGCAUUUUGGAGAAAAUAUGUUCAAUCAAAGUAUUUCCAUAGAGACCGUACCAAUGCGCCACCUAUCGAUGAUGAUUUAUUUUCAAAAUAUGAAACUGAUGAAUUCAAUAAACUUCGUAUCCUUAAAAGAAAACUCAUUGACAUCAGUCCAUUAGUAGAUCUUUCCUCAUCUGAUAAUGCCGAUGCUGAUAUUCACAGUGGUUAUGGUGUUCUUUUAGAUCAAAGCCAAGAUCCAUAUAGGUUAGAAAAAGCUUUACCAUUACUACGUAGAUUCAAUAGACACAGUGCAUUGGUUUUAGGUUCAAAAGAUUUAUUAAGCUCAUCAAGCAGCAGUAAAGACAAAAUAACCCAAGCACAAAAAAAACAAAAAGAAAUGGAUUUAGAAUCAACAUCACCACCUAUAAACACUCUAUACAAUGGUGACGAUGAAGAAAAUGUAACAACAGAACAGAUGGAAAAAAUUUUAGAAAAUCAUAAAAAACAAGUUAAUCAGCAUAUUGUGAUCAAUGAUUUAGAACAAGAAAAUAGAUCAGCACCAACACCAUUGAAAAUUUUGGAUCAAAAACGUUAUUUCGAAGGGCAUUCAUCUGCAAAUAAACUAACUGACGAAGAGAAAAGAAUGUUAAUCGAUGAUUUCAACUAUGAAUAUACCAGAUGGAAUCAACCUGAUCUCGGCGAAGUUUAUGAACCAUAUAACAAAGCUACCAAUGCUUCCAAAGGGAAUGAUGAAUAUCAAUUACCAGAAUCAAAUUUUAAAAAAGAUUUAUUUGCAUCCUUUCAACAAAGUAACGAACUUUUAAGACAUUUUUGGUCGACAACCUAUACAUUGGGUAGAGGAGCCCCACCAACCCCACAACAACUUGAUAAAAAUAAUAAAAUGUCAAUCGCAAUCAGUAAACAAUAUGAUAAAAUCGAAGAAAAGAAAAAACAACUCAUAAGUCAAAAUAAAAUCAAUCAAGCCUCACUUUUAACCCCAAUUUUAGAAUCACUUCAUAAAGCAAUCGAAAAGAAAGAUUCCCAGAUUUACCACAAUAAAUAA